UCUUUUUAAAAAAUGCGUUUCUAAAGUGCAUAAACUUUUGGGAUUGACUGUAUAGCCAAUACAUCCUUAAAAAUCGCACGAAGGCGGGGAAGCCAAUCCGUGUUAAAUCGAUAACGCUUCCUUGGAGACCAGACGAUCAAAAAGACGGUGUGUCAAAAAUAUGUCGAGGAUCACGCUUGAUCUGUUAAGAAAGCGUUCAGAGCACAACGAGGGAGAGAUCUCGACGCUCGAAGAGAUCGCGCUUCAUCAAGAGAACAUCGAGAAGAUCGAGUUGAUCGAUAAAGUGUGUAAACACCUGAAAAUUCUGUUGCUGCAACACAAUCUAAUACGUAAGAUCGAGAACCUUGGUAGAUUGAAGAGCCUGGAAUACUUGAAUCUUGCGUUGAACAACAUAGAAGCGAUCGAGAACUUGGAAGGACUUGAGAGUUUAAAGAAAUUGGAUUUGACCGUGAAUUUCAUCGGCGAUCUUCGAGGAGUCAAGAAAUUAAGGUAUGUACACCGAAGUCUCAUCGGUAGACUCAGUUUUCUUACGUUUACUGUUGAACGUAGAUGCAACGAGCACUUGGAGCAACUGUUCUUAAUGGGGAACCCUUGUACGGAUUACGAAGGAUACAGAAAAUACGUGGUCGCGUCGUUGACCCAGUUAAAAGAAUUGGACGGGACGCCAAUCGAGAGAUCCGAACGCAUAAAAGCGUUGCAGGUGUACAGCGCGGUCGAAGGGGGGGCUAUCAGAGAUUACGCGAGAUACAGGAAAACGAGGGAAGCGGAAGUACUCGAUUACCAAGAGAAAAUGAAAUCGGAAACACGCGAAGUAAGCCAAUGUUGCGAAGGCAGUGAGAAUGAAGAAGAAGAGGAUGAUGAAAAGUUCUGGAAACGUAAGAGCCGUCACACGCCGGAAGAGCGUAUGGCAAUCGCGGAGAGAGUUCUGCGAAAGCAAGAACGUAGGAAUCGAGAAAAAGACAAAGGGAAGCAUCAGCCUGCGUACGUGCUGAAGCUGUUCAGUCCGGAAGGCAAGCCGUACAAUAUGAAUCAGCCGAAGGUACCAUUCGCGUUGAACGAAGAAGAAUAUAACGAUCGUAUCAUUUUAGAAGUAAACUUGUAUAAGCACUUAGAUACGAGUUACGUCGACGUGGACGUGCAGCCUGAAUACGUUCGAGUCACUAUUAAAGGAAAGGUUUUGCAAUUGACUCUACCUUGCGAAGUCUCCGUGGACAGUAGCACGGCUCAGAGGAACUCGACCAACGGGAAGUUAGUAAUAACGAUGCCACGUUUAAAACCGAUCCCCGUAGUCCAGACUCAUAACGAUAAAGAGAAGGCGAAAACGAAACGUGAUCAGGUAGUGAAACGAGGCUCUGGAAUGAACGUGCGAGAAUAUCUGGAAAUCGGUCCGACCAGGGACGAUUUAGAUUUCUCAAAGAUAGUCGAGUCGUCGACUAAAUCGGCUGCAAAUCGAGAAGAAGAGUUGGAAUGCGAUGACAAUUUCGACGUUCCACCGCUCGAAUGAAGUCAGACAGACUUUGGACAGGGAAAAGAGUGCUGAUCGUUUUCAAGGUCGAUGAU